ACAAUAUAAAUCCGGAGUGGGCAGCCCGUCAGCAAGUUUGCCCUCUUGUAGCGCUAAUGGACACCGCAAUCAUUAUCACGCGACCGUACCCGCUAGUACAAUGAUAAAACUACAUUUCCCAGCAUUCUCUGCUCCGUCAGCAUGUUUAUCCAAUGGUCAUUCGAUGCGCUCUUCUGGCAACCAAUCGGACCGUAAUCUCUUAAUUCUAACGGUUAAAUACCAUGAAAAUCCCUCUUAUCAGCAUUUAUUUACUUAAUUUUCCACCUCCGGAUACACCACAGCAAUGUUGUGAUUUUGGUGCAAAACGUGUGUUUCACAUCGUCACGGAUUUCACGUUUUGAUAAGCUCAAGAUAAACGACAUGCUGUCAGGUGUCCGGUCGUGUGUCCGCUCGUUGUGUAAAGGUUGGUCGGUUCGCGGCAUGAGUUUAUCGCCGCGUCAGAUCAACCGAUGGCCGAGCAACGAGUCCUCCGAGCCUCCUACGGACAGUCCUCGAGUCCUCAUCACAGGUGGCCUGGGACAGCUUGGAGUUGGACUAGCUCAAAUGCUGAGGAAGCAGUAUGGAAAGGAAAACGUCAUCCUGUCGGACAUUAGGAGGCCUCCCACUGAAGUUUAUAACAUGGGUCCAUUUGUAUAUGCUGAUGUGCUGGACUAUAAAAACCUGAGGGAGCUAGUUGUGAAUAACAGAAUCACCUGGCUGGUGCAUUACAGCGCAUUACUCAGUGCUGUCGGGGAAGCUAACAUGGCUCUUGCCCGCACCAUCAAUAUCACAGCGGACAGCUGGCCAGUGCGGUUUGAUGACUCUAACGCACGUCAGGACUGGGGCUGGAAGCCUGCGUAUGGCCUGUCAGAGCUGGUCACAGACAUGCUGGCCUCCAUCCGUGAAAAAAACAAUGCAGGACUACCUGCCAGCUAG